AUGACUGGACCUCGAAGCACACUUCCAAAUCCAGCCUCCUUGGUUGAGAGCACAACACAUAGAUUCCUCAUCUUUGACGCUCCAAACGACGACAAUCUACCAUUAUAUAUAAACGAGCUUAAGAAAUACGGUGUAACACAUUUAGUAAGAGCAUGCGAUCCAACCUACUCGACUGAGCCACUUCAGUCAGUCGGCAUACAGGUACAUGAUAUGCCCUUCCCAGAUGGUGGUGCGCCAUCCGAUUCAGUGGUCGACAACUGGUUGAGGAUAUUGAAAGAAUCAUACAACAAGGAUGAUAAACAGACGGUUGGCGUACAUUGCGUCGCAGGACUUGGAAGAGCGCCUGUGUUGGUGGCCAUUGCCCUCAUUGAGUCGGGCAUGAACCCUCUGCAGGCCGUGGAGUACAUUCGUGAGAAGAGAAGAGGCUCGAUCAAUAUCAAGCAGAUCCAAUAUCUCAAGAACUACAAGAGCAAGAAGAAGCCAAACUGCCUCAUCAUGUGA